AUGCGUCGUAAGCGAAUUCUUACACGCCGGAGGAAGACCUACACCAAGGGUACCUUCCGACACGGCAGGCUUACGGAGAUCUGCUUGGCGAGUGGUCUCCCCCACGAGUCCAACCCAGGACAACUCGGGAAGGGCGCGCCAAUAAUGUUCGAUACUCGUAAGAGGUUUGAAGAUACUCCAUGGGAAAAUUACGUACAGUUUUGGUGUACUCAGGGUAACACUAUACCGUAUUCUAAUAGGCCCGAUACUCGCUUCCUUCGUAGAAGCGAUCGGAUCAUGAUGACGGGACUGUGCUUCCGUGGAUUGUGGUCUUUGAGCGCUCAAUCAGAAUGGAAAGUCCGUUUCUUGUUCUUCCAUUCCGCAGAAAAGCCAGACAACCCACAUGUUGUUAAUGAUUGGCUGUACAACGAGGAAAGUUAUAUUCCUGUUGGCGUCGAGCAAUCUACGUAUCCUGCGGUCGAAGGAACCGGAGGUACGGAAAUGGUGUAUCUUCCGUUUAGCUCUUGGGUUUCACGUCACGCACAUUUGAAUCACACCCGUCGGGAUGAGAUAAUGAAGGUGGUUCCAUAUGAACAUUCUGGGAAACCUGUCAGGGUUCUUUUGGAUGUCACUCGUAUAUUCCGUAAUCGAGGGUCACGUGCCAAGACUAUUUCGUUUAAUAUUCUUAAGCGAAUGCGUCACAAGUACCUUUAUGAAUCCAAAUAUGGCGCAGCAGGUGAACGUGCCUUCGGUGAUAUCCAAUUGGGUAAAAGCCAACCGACAAUGAAGCUUUACGUGAUGAUUCUGGCACAUGCUUUAGUGCCAUGUCCACGUAUGGCUGAUCCGAAUCUUCCUCAAGAAGCCAUGGCGGGCAUCGAAGAAUGGCCUAUGGGAUUACGUGCAGCGGCGCGUAGGGCUAGGAAAUUGGACGACCCCCCACCAACUGGGGCAGUCGCCCCAUCUGGACAAGUGAUUUUUGCUGGCAAUCAAAUGACAAUGCCAGAGUUAGCCGAUCGGCAGGACUCUAUUGUUCAUCAGUCAGCAAGUCAUUUCCGGCACGGGAUUAGAAAGGAAUAUGAAGGCGGUCGGGAAGGGAUGCCUGAUGGCAUAGCCGAUUUACCUGACUACGAUGGAGAUGAAUUUACGGAAUAUCAGCAGUCUUGGCAGCAGUUUGACGGAAGACGACGACCUACCAUGACUCGUGUGUUUGCUCCACCUAAGGACAAAACACCUGUUACGGAAGGAUCUUUGCCUUCAUUUUACAAUGCUAUUCCUGAUACGUACAAGGCGGUAACGUCAGGUACAUCUGCAUCUUCGGCACCGAAGUGGUCAGCAAAUCCCACAGUAAUAGACACUAGUGCUAAAGGAUUCAAGUUACGUCGAGGUCUAACACCUGGUAGUGAAGAAGCUAGUGGUAGCGGCGUUAAGAAGGACGAUGACGACGACGACGAUGAUGUGACCGUUUCGUUAACACCAAAAGGCAAAGGGAAAGGCAAAGGAAAGGCGAAGUUAGCUGAGCAUAUUCGUGGCGGUGCUGGACCCGGAGACGAUGAGGGUCUGGACCUAGGGUUAUUUUCAGAUGCAUUGGAUAAUCCUAAAGCAGCCGACAUCGAAGAGAAAGAAGUACCAAACGCAGAAAUGGAAGUGGAACCGGAUGAUCCAUAUCGCCGAGAUCCGUUAUGUACCGGUCCUCCAUUUGGAAGUGCACAUUUCCAAUUUCAUAUGCGCGUUUGGUACAAGAAUCUUUCUGAUAGAAUGAUAUCGUAA